AGGCGCAUCGCGCCGGCCCGGAGGCCGAGUCCCCCGCGCUCGUUUUCGCCGCCCAGCACCGAGCGAUCAAGACCAGAGAAGACCCCGCCGGCCGCCCGGGACGGGAGCGCGGGUCGCUGGGUCUCUGGGGCGGCGCCAGGAGGCUGCUCGGCGGAGGCGGGCUGCUGCUGCGGGAGCCGCUGAGCCGCGCGCACGUCUGGCGCCCGGGCCCCGGCUCUCUGCUCCAGUCCAUGCAAUUGUGGGAGCGCGUGGCGCGCACCCGAGCGGCCGCGGGAGAAGAAGAUGUGACACGCUCGUCCCCGACUCCACGCCGCGGGGUCGGACGCAGGGAGGCGCGGAGUACGGAAAAGGUCCAGGUCGCCACCUCAGGACACAAGCGCUGACCCUGUGGACCUGCCAUGAAACCGCACCUGAAGCAAUGGAGACAAGGAAUGCUCUGCGGGGUGUUUGCGUGGGGGCUCCUCUUUGUGGUGAUCUUCCUCUACUUCACCGACAGCAGCCCAGCCAAGCCCGCGCCCAGCUCCUUCUCCUUCCUGGAGACUCGGAGGCUGCUGCCCGCACAAGGGAGGCAGCGGGCCAUCAUGGGGGCCUCAGAGGGCCUGCCCGAGGGCGCGGACUCGCGGCGGGGGUCUCCCCGGGGACUCCCAUCCGGCCCCCUGCGGACAUGGGCCGGAGAUGGCUUUGAACGUGAACAAGAGUUUCUUUCGGCCCAGACAGGGAGAACGUCCCUAAGCGCUUUUCCCCCGGAGGACUCCGCUCCGGGCACGUCGGGGCGCCUCUCCCCUGGGGACCCAGGCCCGGAGGGGGCUCGGCCGCCACGCGCAGCCCCCGGACGGCGGGCAAAGCGAGGGCCACGGAGGCAAAGCCUGAGCGCGCGGGGCGAGGACGGGGAGCGGCUGUACUCGUCCAUGUCCCGGGCCCUGCUGCGACGGCUCUGGAAGGGCGACGCGUCGGCGCGCAUGCUGCACCCGCGUCUGCAGAAGGCCAUGGGUGCCUACCUGCGCGCCAACAAGCACGGCGUGCGCUUCCGGGGGCGCCGCGCAUCCGGGCGGAGCCGCACAGAGCUUCUGUGCGCGUUGCGGGGCCGCGUGCAGGUGCGCACCCUGGACGGCACUGAGCCGCCCUUCUCGGCACUCGGCUGGCGCGCACUGGUCCCUCCGGUGCCACUCAGCCGGCUGCUCCCGCGCGGGCUCCGGACCUGCGCCGUGGUCACGUCGGCAGGCGCCAUCCUCAACUCAUCUCUGGGCGAGGAGAUAGAUUCUCAUGAUGCGGUUUUGAGGUUUAACUCUGCUCCUACACGUGGCUACGAGAAAGAUGUCGGAAAUAAAACCACCAUCCGCAUCAUUAAUUCCCAGAUUCUAACCAACCCCAGCUAUCACUUCAUGGACAGUGCAUUGUAUAAAGAUGUCAUCUUGGUGGCCUGGGACCCAGCUCCUUAUUCUGCAAAUCUUAACCUGUGGUACAAGAAGCCAGAUUACAACCUGUUCACACCUUAUGUUCAGCAUCGUCAGAGAAACCCGAACCAGCCAUUUUACAUUCUUCACCCCAAGUUUAUCUGGCAGCUUUGGGACAUCAUCCAGGAGAACACGAAGGAGAAGAUCCAGCCCAACCCACCGUCCUCUGGCUUUAUCGGCAUCCUGCUGAUGAUGAACCUGUGUGGCGAGGUGCACGUGUACGAAUACGUUCCGUCGGUGCGGCAGACAGACCUGUGUCACUACCACGAGCCCUACCAUGAUGCCGCCUGCACACUGGGCGCCUACCACCCGCUGCUCUACGAGAAGCUGCUGGUGCAGCGGCUCAACGUGGGCACCCAUGGUGACCUGCACCGCAAAGGCAAGGUCGUGCUGCCCGGGUUGCAGGCCGUGCGCUGCCCGCCAGGUGCCUGAGGGGCCAGCCGGGCUCUGCAUCCCGGAGAUGCUGGAAGGCACCCUGGAGGCGGCGUGACCCCGUGUCUGCAGCAGUGACUUUGUGCUGACCAUGGGGAUCCUUCCCUUUCUAAGCCAUUGAGUGUGUCCGACCAUUCAGAACAUAGAAAUGGAAUUCAAAGAAACUCCGGAAAGAUACAAAAGAAAAAUUUUCAAAGAUAGCUAGGGAAAAAAAAUGUGUAAGAAAUGGAUAAAUAGCUCCAGAAUGUUGGUCUUUGCUUUCAGCUGACACACCUGAUGGAUGAUGUGGUUUGUACCUGGAAGCAGCCUCGCUUCGGGACAGUACCUGACACAUCUGCUGUGUCAUUUGUAUGUCAUUUGUCAUGAAAGAGCCUAGGGUUGAUGACGAAUGUCUGGAUUACACUCAGACCUGUUUAUAGGAACAGCAGACCCCACAGGAUAUCCUGUGAGGUGUCUUCUCCACCUCUGCUCCCAGCUGCCACCGAAGGCUUUGCAGUUUUGUGUAUCAGGACACAUUUCUAAAAGCAUGAAGCCCCCUUCCUGGAUAGUCCAGGAAGAAGCCAGCCCCGGGCAGCACCCAGGGGAGGCACUUUGCUCUCCUGCAGCAUUUCCUUGCUUGACUAGAAUCCCCAGGCACGCGGGAACAUCGCGGCAGGUGUGCACAGAAUGGGGCAGCAGGCGGCUGUGGGCAGCAUGGCCCCAGGCCCCAGCUUUUCUGGCCUCAGCACCCGCCAGCCCUCCACACGGCCUGCGUGUCUACAGGCACUGACGAUUAGGACUCCCCAUGGUGGUGGUGGUGGGGGUCCUUCCAGCCUAGAGCUGUCCCUGUGCUUCUAGAGCUGUACACCUGUCUCUUCCAUGUGUUUUCCUCACAGGUUCAUAUCAUCUGUUGGGAUCCUGACGGUGAUACACUGACUUCCGCUGAUUCUUCCUACAGUCAGAUGUUUAGGAAUCCCACCAUCAUCUUCACAGAUCUGUUGUGCGUCAGUAACAUAACAAAGCCAUAUAAUUAAAUACAUUUGCGUGAAAGCACUGCUCUUUAACAAAUAAAAAAUAAAAGUAUAUGAUUCAGAGGGAAAGACAGUGAGAGGGGAGAGUCAGCCCAGUGUGUUAGCUAUAGCAGCUCAUUUGGUUGUGAUCUCAAUUUUUGUCACAAAAGCAUCAAAAAAAAAUUUUUUUUCCAUAAAUGUAGUAAAACAGAAACAUUAUGGAAUACCUUAGUUCAACGUACAAUUUCAAUCCAUACCCAACACCUAUCUCCACGGUCCAGUUACAACUUCUUGGCCAGAACAGUCACAGCUUCUUUAAAUGUGUCCUCCACAAGUGUGUGAACAUCAGGAAAGUUUAGUACAGAAGGUUUUUUUGUUCUAGGAUUUUUUUUUUUUUCCUGAGCAAGAAUGGUUGACAGAAACUGGCCUCUCUGGUCAGUCUACUCAGCAAAAAUCGGCCCAAGUCCCAGACAUCUCCUAUGGCUUAUUGUCUCAGUGAAUUUGGGGUCAUCGAAAAGCUUUGAUUGUGACAAUAUCCACUACAAGCCUACUGUGAGAGCCUCGCUUCCAGAUUUAUGAUAAGGGGUGGAUAGUUCUGUCCAGCCUGCCAACUAAUAUCCAAGCAGACAUGAGCAGGCCACUUUUCUCCCUCGUUUCCUGAAGGGACACAGCCCUGUGCGGUGUUCAGUGAGUCCUGACGCUGCGAAGUGGCUGGUGCAGGGUGACUGGUCCAGUCACCCUGGGCCCUCCCCAGACUGUGCAGGCUCUGACCUCAGAUGCCCAUGACACUGAAGUUUCUUUACUCACCUUCCUACUGGGUUUCCCUCUGGGCCUCCUUGUAUCCAGAACAGCCCCUUCUGCUGGCAUGAGAUUCUGGGCAGAAGGAAAUUUGCUGGCGGGUCAGCAUAGAUAUUCAAGUUCAGAAGCCUCAGAAAACACUUAAAAGGCCUCCAAAUACAUUUUGUUGUAACCCAAGCACUUUUAAAAUGUACCUUUAGCUCACAGAGGUUAUAAGAAAGACUGAAGAGGAUAAAGAACAUUUAAUUCAAGGUUUUGGAUUUAUUAUGGCCUUAAAGACUCUUGGGAACCAGGGUCUGUUAAAAAACACUGAGACAACGUGGUUCAAGUAUUCAUACAUUGCAGGCUGGGCGUUCUUCUGCUUAAGAGUUUAAGUUGUUUAGCUCCUUGAAUCUAUUAGGCAGUUACAGUUGAUGUGUUGACUCUUCUCGUCAGCAGACAGUGACUAAGCCCUCUAAAUACACACAUUGCAAUAAGCAACCGGCCUUUCCAUGAAGGAAUUAAAGGAAAUGGUGCCCGCUGCAUUUCUUUCAGGCUUCACCCCUUCCAGACCUUCCACCCUUGCUGUAAAGCAAUGCUCCAUAAACCAAGGCCAUUAGGUGGUCCUUUCUUCUCUCUCAGGACUGAAGAAGGUCACACUGCGUCACUUCUUGAGGUAACUUCACUCCAUCUUUUGUUGCUGUUGUCAUACUGAAAUGUUGACCAGAAAUGACAGCUCACUCGGGUCCAGGUCUCAGGUCCUCCCCUUGAGGCUCUCCAGCCCUUCCCCAGGUAUGAAGGGAGGGUCUAAUAGGUAGAGCGUCCACGCUGUCCCCUGGGAUGCCAGUGCUGGCCCUGUGCAUCACCUUAAGGGCGAAGGGCCCACAGGUGGACAGGAGGAAUUGCAUAAGUACCCUCCUCCGUCAGGGCUGGCGAGGGGCUUUGGUUCAACUUUGGUCCCAGGGUCUGUCAUUGUCCACAGUAUGCAGGGCUCAGGGAACCCCAGCUCUGCCCUCCCCACAUGUCCCACACCCUCCUUUAAUUAACCUUGGGCUCCCCAGUAAUCGUCAUCACAGUAGCUAUAGCAUCUAGACAAAGCCAUGCUGAAAUAAUGAUCAGCCUUCUCAAAGCUGGGAAAUGAAAGUAAGUGUUUAAAGCCACCCGGGGUCACUCUGUUACAUGACCAUGAGCCAGUUCCUUCUGGUGGAACAGAUUAAUUCCUGAUGUUGUGGGCUGUCCCUUAGGGGCAGGAAUACUCACAGCCACAGAAUUAAUUAGGUCCAGUCUGGCGGUAUCAGGAUCACGUGAGGGAUAGUAGGUGAUGGAGAAUUUCGUGUGCACAGAUAACGUCAUGAUGAGAGCACCCUGACCAGCCUUUCUCUUAGAGAUCAAGGCACUGUGCAUGGUUGAGGCUGGUGGCCAAAGUGACCGAGUCUCACUGCUGCUUAACUAUGGCGAGAGGCAGAGCCAGGAGGUAGGGUGAUGACCAAGAAACACGUGGCUGAGUGUGCAAGCCACGUAGUGUCUGAAUAUAUUCAACCAGAUUGCAUAUGUCGACUUCUCACUUUCUGAUUGUUUAGGACUCUUACCCAGAGGUUCCACAGCCAACAAGGGCAGUUGUAUAUUGAAAUUCAGUGCUUAGGGAAAGUGUGCCUGAGUUCACACUUGUGUGUUAUACUCUGGAUACUUCCAUCAUGAAAUUAUUCUGCAUGUGUCUGUGUGUCUGUCUCUCAGGCAUUAUUUAUACAACUGGUAAAUGAAAGAUAUUAAUCGGUUGAGGGAAUAAAUUAUAAAUUCUGAUUCUUGCUUUAUUAAGUAACUGAAGUCUUUUAGUAAGAAGAAAUCCAGAAAAUUUCUCUAUGAGCUCAGGCUAAUGGAAUUUAAGGAAUGAAAGAUACUGAUAUAGUUCUGACUCUUGUUAUAACAAGUGUGCAUGUAGAUAUAGUUAUAUAAUUGUAUAUAUACGUAUCUACAUACAUGGUUGCUUUUAAAGAAUUUUUUUUCAUCAAACUUUAUUUCUAAAACCUUGACAAUAAAUUUUUUUAAUUAUGCAAGCACCAGUUUUUUAAGAGAAGUAAGCAAAUGUUAUAUGUCUUUCUAUGAAACAAAAAAAUCCAGUUUUCCCAUGCACUCAUAUUUCACACCUUCUGGCUACAUUAAAAAGUAUGGCAGAAAUAUUUACAAGGUGCUCUGAGGGUAGAAUUACAACCUAAAGGUUGUGUCCUCAUCAGAAACCUAACUGAACUCUGACCUUUGAUGAGAAGUUGAUCUAGAAUUUAUGGUUUUUGCAAGAUUAGGGGAAGAAAUGCUUAUUUGGCUCUAUGGAAAAUAGUCUCCUAGCUUAGGUUUCACACAAAUUAACUGCAUCAGAACUGUUAAAACCUAACAUUUAUGACACCACACAUCGUGUUAUACUCUAAAUAAAAAUCCUUGUAAAAUUUUUCUUGGAAAAAAAAUCCUUGGAAACCAGUCAACUUUUUUAACAGCUUUGGGAAUUUUUUUGUAUGAUACUUUUUAAAAUGAAAUGUGUACUCUUCAACAUGAAUUAAGGCUUGAGGUUUUCCAGGAGUCACCUUUUAAACGUGUUUGUACACAGUUUAACACUUUGAUAUUUUCUAGUUUGGUUUUGUAUAUUUUUAUGUGUACACAAUGUACAGACUUUUUUCCCUGUAAAUAAAACAUGUUUUCAUUUGUCUA